AUGGCGACUCGGACCGAUUUGUUGUCACGGCUGCCCGCAGAGCUGGUUGAGCAGAUCGCGCAGCGUCUGGAAACCAACGAUAUAUGCAAUCUUCGCCUGGCUAACACCGUGCUCGCCAAUAAAUCCCAGGACAUCUUCAAGACAUGCAUGACCAACAAAAGAAUCAAGCUCGAGCCGAAGCCUGUCGAGACCUUCUGCGCAAUGAUGAGACCAGGAUACCCAGGGCUGCUACUCCAAAACCUGACCAUCGUCGGUGUCGCGGGAGUGAGAUUCGACCAGGACUCCGGGGUGCCUGAGACGCUUGCCAGGGGACUCCAGGAAUGGCAAUCACACUCUGGAAACAGCAUCCUAUCUUCGUUGACCCUUGACAUGGUAUACCGUAAAACCGACGGAGACACCCCAAUCGAGCGCGAGCUACGCCCAGACGACAUGGCCUGGGCAGCCAUCGGCCGCACAUUCAACACGACCGCAUCAGCUCUCGCCACAAGCAGACUCCCCAUACGCAAGCUCGACCUCUUCAGCAACCUCAAAACGAACGCCCUGGGCCUCAACUACGUCGCCGCCGCCACCGCAGCAUACGACCUAUCGCCCUCGCUCCGCCAUGUCGAGCGCCUCGCGCUACGCGUAUCGAUCCGCUACAACGCCCGGCAAGGCGAGCAGCGAUACCUGCUCAUGCGCUUCAAGUACUCCGACUGGGACCCCAGUCUCGCUCCCCAACUCCAAGCCGACCGCGACGGUCUCAAGACGCUAGUCGGCCUGUGCCCUUCGGUGCAGGACCUCGAGCUGCAGGUGUCUCAGACGUGCUUCCAAGACGACGGAUGCGACUACGCGCGCGACGAACGACCGUUCAGUAACGUCGUGGCGGCGCUCAGGCCGGGCCAGCUGCGACGCUUGGUUCUGGGGGGUCUGCGUGUCACUGAGACCGAGCUGCUCGGUUUCGUCGCUAGCCAUCCGUUGGAGUACGUGGUGUUUGACUGCGUGUUUUUGCACCAGUACUUGCGUAGGCCGAUGGGUCGUGGAGAUGCGGUGCAUCCGCCGGGGCAGUUUAGGCGUAUCUUUGACUGCUUGACGAGGGACGAGAGUCCGCUCAAGCGGAUCGACAUGCAUAAUCUGUGGGAGCGGUAUAAGCUCGUUCAUCCUCCGUCGUCAUCUGGGAGGCAGCGGAUCGAGUAUGGAUUAGAUGAAACUCAGGAGAUGAGCGAGGAUAUUAUGGCGAGGCCAUAUCGGACGGGCAGGGAACCGGGGAGGGACUAUGACCCGGGACACUUGCGGAAGAAGUGA